AUGUCAGUGUGGACUAUGGUAAGUGACAAACCCAUUGUAUCUCUCUGUCUACCUGUGAUGAUAUGAUGGGUGGGUUUACACUAGCACUGCAGCUUUUAUCUCUCUAGUCUAUGCUGUAAACACUGUGUCCUGUGGUCAGUGGGUAUAGGUUAUGUAUGUUGCUAUGGGUAACUCACUGCCUGCUCUCUCUAAAAUGAAGAGAGGCACUAUGUGUGUAAGAUAAGAAAACAUGGAUGUCCACACAACACUAGUUUAUUUACAUUGAUAGCUGAACCAGUAGGUUUUAUUUCACUCUUUUAUAUGAAUGGUAUACAGUGCAUUCGGAAAGUAUUCAGACCACUUGACUUUUUCCUAAUUUUGUUACGUUACAGCCUUAUUCUAAACUGGGUUAAAUUGUUUCCCCCCCCCCCUCAUCAAUCUACACACAAUACCUCAUAAUGACAAAGCAAAAACAGGUUUUUAGAAAUGUUAGCAAAUGUAUUGAAAAUAAAAAACGGAAAUAUUACAUUUACAUAAGUAUUCAGACCCUUUAUUCAGUACUUUGUUGAAGCACCUUUGGCAGCAAUUACAACCUUGAGUCUUAUUGGGUAUGACGCUACAAGCUUGGCACACCUGUAUUUGGGGAGAUUCUCCCAUUCUUCUCUGCAGAUCCUCUCAAGCUCUGUCAGGUUGGAUGGGGAGCGUCGCUGCACAGCUAUUUUCAGGUCUCCAGAGAUGUUUGAUCAGGUUCAAGUCCGGGCUCUGGCUGGGCCACUCAAGGACAUUCAGAGACUUGUCCCGAAGCCACUCCUGCGUUGUCUUGGUUGUGUGCUUAGAGUCAUUGUCCUGUUGGAAGGUGAACCUUCGCCCCAGUCUGAGGUUCUGAGCUCUCUGGAGCAGGUUUUCAUCAAGGAUCUCUAUGUGCUUUGCUCUGUUCAUCUUUACCUCGAUCCUAACUAGUCUCCAAGUCCCUGCCGCUGAAAAACAUCCCCACAGCAUGAUGCUGCCACCACCAUGCUUCACCGUAGGGAUGGUGCCAGGUUUCCUCCAGACGUGACGCUUGGCAUUCAGGCCAAAGAGUUCAAUCUUGGUUUCAUCAGACCAGAGAAUCUUGUUUCUCAUGGUCUGAGUCCUUUAGGUGCCUUUUGGCAAACUUCAAGCGGGCUGUCAUGUGCCUUUUACUGAGGAGUGGCUUCUGUCUGGCCACUCUACCAUAAAGGCUUGAUUGGUGGAGUGCUGCAGAGAUUGUUGUCCUUCUGGAAGAUUCUCCCAUCUCCACAGAGGAACUCUGGAGCUCUGUCAGAGUGACCAUCGGGUUCUUGGUCACGUCCCUGACCAAGGCCCUUCUCCCCUGAUUGCUCAGUUUGGCCGUGCGGCCAGCUCUAGGAAGUCUUGGUGGUUCCAAACUUCUUCCAUUUAAGAAUGAGGGAGGCCCACUGUGUUCUUGGGGACCUUCAAUGCUGCAGAACUUUUUUGGUACCCUUCCCUAGCUCUGUGCCUCAACACAACCCUGUCUCGGAGCUCUACGGACAAUUCCUUCGACCUCAUGGCUUGAUUUUUGCUCUGACAUGCACUGUCAACUGUGGGACCUUAUAUAGACAUGUGUGUGCCUUUCCAAAUCAUGUCCAAUCAAUUGAAUUUACCACAGGUGGACUCCAAUCAAGUUGUAGAAACAUUUCAAGAAUGAUCAAUGGAAACAGGAUGCACCUGAGCUCAAUUUCGAGUCUCAUAGCAAAGGGUCUGAAUACUUAUGUGACAUUUCUAAAAACCUGUUUUUGCUUUGUCAUUAUGAUGAGGAAAAACAUUUAUUUUAUACAUUUUAGAAUAAGGCUGUAACGUAACAAAAUGUGGAAAAAGUCAAGGGGUCUGAAUACGUUCCGAAUGCACUGUAAUUCUCCCUCUCCCUCUCACUCCCCUCCCACCCCUGUUUUUAGGGACCCCUUGGUGCGCCCCCAUCAAGGUGAAGCAUGGCGAUGUGAGUUGUCGGAGUCCCGCGGGGGAGUACUAUAAGAACGUGAUGGGCUCGCGCUGUAAGAUCCGCUGUAAGAGGGGUUACGAGAUGCAGCAGGGACACCCAGAGGUGGUGUGUAUGGCCAGCAAACACUGGUCAGGCAACUACGCCUGCAGGGGUGAGACCACCACACACACACCUGCCCUACUGGCAAGACACAACAUCACUGGACACACACCUCUACACCAAAUAUAUAUAAACCCCUGAAGAUACACACAACUAAUAGACUCAUUGUCAGAUUCAACAGCUACCUGACAAUCAGACAUGUAUGGACUAUUAAUGUAUGUUUCUCUGUCAGAGAUCCGGUGUCCUAAGCUGCAGAUGCCUGCUAACGGGGGCUAUAAGUGUUCAGGCGGCUCCUACCUUAACUCCCGCUGUGAGUUCUUCUGCUCCCCUGGAUACAAUCUGAAGGGGCCCAAUACUGUCACCUGCCAGUACCACAAGACCUGGACCUCGGUGGAGAGCGUCUGUGUGGGUGAGUCAGAGUGUGUGUGUGCGUGCGUGUGAUUAUUAUUGAGUUUUUCCACCUCAAAAGCACAUUGAAUUUAGCCACAUCCUAAUUCCAACCCCCACACUGUUUAACAGCUAAGGACAUACAGGCUGCUCUCUAGACUAUGGGAUCAAUUAAAUUAUAAAUCACAUCCUGACUGACUUAAUGACGUACUGCUCUGUGGGAAACAGGCAGUAUUAUAGACAGGUUUAAUUACAGUUUUUUCCAACUGCUUACACACAUUUUCAAAACGGUCUCCUUUUUUCAAAACUCUACACACAAUUCCCAAAACUGCACACACAAAAUGCAAAAUGCCUCACAUCUCCUUCAAAAGGUAACACUGCAUUCAAAAUGCCAUAAACACAUGUCAGAAUGAAGCAUUUGCAUCAAAUGGCAAACACUUCUUUCAUAAUAGUACAUUUUUGGAUAUACCAUGUAAACACUGUUGUUCUAUAUCUAAAGCUCUUUCAUAGGCUUAUAUCUACAUUUCAAUACAAUGUUCUACAGUGAAAGUAAUCUGCUGAGAGGGGUAACAAGUACACUGUAAACACCAAUGCAAUGUAGAAACAGAAAAUAUUUAUUAGGCCAAACAUUACUGUUGUAUACAGUAGCAUACAACAAAACCAUAAACAUAUGUAAACCAAAAGUAUAUUCUUUAGAAUACAGUAAAGAACACAAUUGUGUGUGUGGGGUCCCGGGGGGGGGGCAGUCCAGGAAUUGGUAGGCUAACCUACGCUUCAUCUCUUCUCCAGGCUGGGUCUGGCCAAAAUACUUCGUCCACAUCACAAGAUACGUUUUCUCUUGCCAAACAUCGAGGGAAGUAUCUCCUAGCAUGGCGUAUCCAACCUUGGACAGAGGCAACCUCUAUGUCCCCACAUGCGUCCUCCAUUGCCUGGAGAAGCGGCAUGCGGGCAUAGGGUUGGCGAUCAUACACUUUCCAGCGCCAGGCUGAGAAGAAUUCCUCUAUGGGAUUUAGAAAAGGUGAAUAUGGGGGUAGGUACAAAACUACAAAUUGCGGAUGGGUGGCAAACCAGUUUUGGACCAGAACAGCCCGGUGAAAACUAACAUUGUCCCAUAUAACCACAAAUCUAGCAGGCUCCUGAUCUGGAUCAGGGACAAGCAUUGUGUAAAUUGCAUCCAGAAAAGUGAGCAUAUGGCCGGUGUUGUACGGACCCAGUGUGGCAUUGUGAUGGAGGACCCCGUUUUGAGUGAUGGCAGCACACAUAGUUAUAUUACCCCCACGCUGUCCAGGGACAUUGGUAAUUGCCCUCUGUCCUAUUACAUUUCUUCUGCGGCACCUGGUUUUGGUGAGGUUGAAGCCAACCUCAUCCACAUAAAUAAAUGAAUGGCGAAUUACAUGGGCAUCCAUCUCCAAUCCUCUCUGUAACAGACAAAAGGAUAUACAGAUGAGUAAAUAUGGUAUGUCUGAAGUACUGGAAGUAGUGUUGCAUACAUACCUCUACAAAGUCAUGUCGCAGAUUCCUGACUCUGUCAGAGUUUCUCUCAAAUGGCACCUUGUAAAGUUGUUUCAUCGUCACUUGGUGCCGUUGGUGGAUGCGUUGUAUGGUCGACAGGCUUACAGCAUUGAUGUUGUUAAAUAUGGUGUCAUUAUUCAAGAUAUGCUCUUAUCUCUCGAAUCCUAAUUGCAUUGUUGGCCAAAACCAUACUUAUAAUUGCAGUCUCUUGUACAUCUGUAAACAAGCGUCCUCGUCCUCCAUUAUGUCUUUGCCUUUCCACUCUGUACAGAAUUCAAACACAGUAUGUGUUCAGCAUAGGAACUGUAAACAAUGUACAAAAAAAUUUAGUACAGCAUGAUAACCAACCUCAUUCAUUCAAUGCAGUGCAGUAAAUGGAUGGCUUAGAGUUACAAAUGUUUAUGCAAUACUAUGCAGUCAUACAUAUGUUACAGUACAUUACUGUAAUGCUAAAAUAGUCAUUAGAUAGUUGCAUACCUGUUCUCAUUUCUGAAGGUUCGAAUUAUGGACGCCACUGUAAAUCGACUCAAAUUGGGCUGGACUUUCAGUCCAGCCUCUCUCAUGGUCAAACCGUGAUUGUUCACAUGAUCAACAAGUGUUGCCCUAAUCUCAUCAGAGAUGGCUCUCCUUCCUUCUCUUCUUUGCCCUCAUCCUCUUCUUCUUCUUCCUCUUCCUCCUACUCCUCCUCCUCCUCUUCGUCUUUGAAUUUGUCCUCGUUGUUGUCCCCUGCCUCUCCCUCCUACUCCUCUUGCUCUCUGUCCAUUGUUGGCAUCCAUUGUUCAAAACAGAUAAUCUGACCUUUGACCUAUUUAUAGGCCUAUACUACAGUAAAGCAGUGAUUGGUUAGUGAUCAGUUAAGCAAUUAGUGUUUGCACAUGUGAGGAGUGUGUGUGUGACCUGGUGAAUAAGUGUAGCAUUUUGAUUGGUUGUGUUUGGAAAAGGAAAGCAAGUCACUUCCUGUUAGAUUUUUGUGUUUUAGGUAGAGAAUUGUGUGUAGUGUUUUGAAAAAAGUGUUUUAUGCAAUUGACAACUGAGUCAAAGGCUGAGAAAUAGCUUAUGGUUUUGGAGAUUUGGUGUGUAGUUUUGCACUUUGAGUGAGAGGUUUAAAAAAUCGUGUGACAUGAAAAGAUUUUGUGUGUAAGCAGUUGGAAAAAACUGUAAGACCUAAUUCAAACACACACAUACACACACACACACACACACAGUAUAAGGUUGAGUAACCACAAACCUGUGCUGCUAGCCCAAGCAUGACACACUAUGAACUAUGACAAUCCCAGUCUCAGAACAACUGGAGUAGCAUCUUGUAUGCAAACACAAUUUAAGGUGGUGUGUGAUUUGUUUAAACCAGUUGUGGAGACAUUGUACACUGUAGCUUAUUUUCAUUACUGAGGAUGGAUAUGGUGAGAUUCAGAUUCCUUGCUCCCUCCUCAUCCCCCCUAGCCUAAUUACAUCCAUCAGACAACUAGCAAUCUAACAGGGAAAGUAGAUGUUCAAUGACUGUGUUUAUGUAAUUAUAAGCAUGGCUGAAUUGUGUGUGUAUUUGUGUGUGUGUGUGUGUGUGUGUGUGUGUGUGUGUGUGUGUGUGUGUGUGUGUGUGUGUGUGUGUGUGUGUGUGUUUGUGGCUAAGCCUCUCUGAGACACAAAAAUUGUCACUGAAGUUGAAGACAAUACAUUAUAUUGAAUGUUGUUUUGUCCCCAAAAAAUCUGAUUUGGACUUUUUUAGUGAUUUAGAUCAGAGAACAGGUUCUGUAACACACACACUGACACACAUAGAGACUAGUGCUUUCUGCUCUAGUGAAAUUACAUUGAUUCUCCUGGUCUGCUGUGACAGUAGCUUCUCUAGUCUAAAAUCACCCCAGUUAUCAAAUCAAAUCAAAUCAAAUUUGCCACAUGCGCCGAAUACAACAGGUGUAGACCUUACAGUGAAAUCCUUACUUACAAGCCCUUAACCAACAAUGCAGUAAAAAAAUCAAAAUAUAAAAGUGUUAAAGAAAAAAUAAAAUAGAAAAUAGAAAAUAGAAAAUAAUGAAAGAGCAGCAAUAAAAUAUAACAGUAGGGAGGCUAUAUACAGGGGGUACCGGUACAGAGUCAAUGUGCGGGGGCACCGGUUAGUCGAGGUAAUUGAGGUAAUAUGUACAUGUGGGUAGAGUUAAAGUGACUAUGCAUAAAUAAUAAACAGAGUAGCAGCAGCGUAAAAGAGGGGGUUGGGGUGGGGUGGGGUGGGGUCGGGGGGCAAUGCAAAUAGUCCGGGUAGCCAUGGUUAGCUGUUCAGGAGUCUUAUGGCUUGGGGGUAGAAGCUGUUAAGAAGCCUUUUGGACCUAGACUUGGCGCUCCGGUACCGCUUGCCGUGCGGUAGCAGAGAGAACAGUCUAUGACUAGGGUGGCUGGAGUCUUUGACAGUAUUUAGGGACUUCCUCUGACACCGCCUGGUAUAGAGGUGCUGAGGGGUUCACUGGAGGUGAAAAUGGGCAUGUCUGCCUUGACCAGGCUGGGCUGUCGAUCGAUCACAGAGAUCCAGAAGAUCAAUACCGCCUGCUCUGAAAUCAAUCAGUUACACAGACAGGACACAACAUGACAGAACAGAACAGGGGGAUCACUCUGGAUAACAGUUUUCCUUUUCCUUAUUCUCUCUUCCUGUUUCUCUCCUCUUCUCCUCUACCUCCCCCUCUCGCUACUUCUCCCCUCUCACCUGCCCUCCCCCCUUCGCCCCUCUCUCUCUCUCUUGCUCUGGUAGAUGUGGACGUCCCAGUAAUAAAGUGUCCUAACCUGAAGCACAAGACAGCAGAGCCAGGCAGGCUCACAGCCAAGGUGACCUGGGACACACCAGAGGGCAAGGACACGGCCGACGGCAUCCUCCCCGAGUCAGUCUGACAUCUGACCCUUAACCCCUUCCUUUAACCUGUAGUAUUAAAAGGAUAAUGUGAGACAUAAAAAUAGUAUCCAUCAGUUUAUCUGACUCUCGAUAAGAAGAAAAGGGCUUAAUUGCCAAAUGAAUAGUCUUGUAGCAGCAGUAAUAGUAAUAGUAGGGUAAAUGUUUAGUUAGGCUUCAGCACUAUUGAUACAGUAUAGUAUUUGACUGAGGCUUUUUACAGUGUGAUAUUGAAAGGGAAGCCUCCUGGACACUUCCCUGAGGGUCUCCAUAAGAUGUCCUACACCGUCUACGACCGCGCCGGGAACAAGGGCAGCUGCCGCUUCUCUGUCAGAGUACAAGGUGACCCCCCCAACAUUAGGGACAGUUUGAAAUUUACUGGGGCAAUGUUCUGACAACAUUUGAAGGAAAAUCACAUAACUUACAAAUUGUUCCUGUGAGAGUGGCUUUCUGAAUCUGUUUUGUGCCACCAGUGCGUCGCUGCAGCCCCAUGACCCCUCCAGACAACGGCUUUAUGAAGUGUGACAGUGAUGGUAAUAACUACGGAGCCACCUGUGAGUUCAAAUGUACAGGAGGGUACGAGCUGCAGGGCAGCGCUUCGAGGGUGUGCCAGUACGGUCUCACCUGGUCUGGCACGGAAACCAACUGUGCAGGUACGUGUCUGUGCACACACACACACACACAUACACACACCACACAAACGUACAUGACACAUCCACCAUGCUGUGUUUAGCAGUAGUGAAGCGGUGGUCAGGGGUGCUGAGGGGUUCACUGGAGGUGAAAAUGGGCAUGUCUCCCUUGACCAGGCUGGGCUGUCGUUCGAUCACAAAGAUCCAGAAGAUCAAUACCGCCUGCUCUGAAAUCGACCAGCACUGUCUGUGACACAUACUUAUGUGGAUUAUUUAAGCAAUAAGGCCCGAGGGGGUGUGGUAUAUGGCCAAUAUACCACGGCUAAGGAGUGCCUGGAUACAGCCCUUAGCCGUGGUAUAUUGGUCAUAUACCACAAACCCCCGAGGUGCCUUAUUGCUAUUAAAAAACGGGUUACCAACGUAAUUAGAGCAGUAAAAAAAUAAAAUGUUUUGUCAUACCGUGGUGUUUGGUCUGAUAUACCACGGCUGUCAGCCAAUCAGCAUUCAGGGCUCGAACCACCCAGUUUAUAAUGUCUAAUAGAGGUGUAUUAUACUUCUAUAGUAUUGUGUAAUACAGUGACGCUCCGUAUAGCACUGCUUAUACGCUCUGGGUCAUUGGCUAGCAACAAGACUAGUAAAGAGUAAAACAGCAAUUAAAUAUAUAUUUUUUAUUGGCAAUCGCAAUUCAAGUGUUUCCAAAAAGAACAACAUUUGCUUUCAUAAAAUAUGAUGAUGUGAUAUGAUGCAAUGUAAUAUUGUGUUUUAUUGUGUCAUGUUAUGUCACAGCUAUGAACAGCAACGUGGGGGUGCGUACGGCCUCAGGUCUGCUGGACCAGUUCUAUGAGAAACGACGCCUCCUCAUCAUCUCUGCUCCCACAGCUGCCAAUCAUUACUACAGGUUCCAAAUGACUAAUCUUCAGGUGAGGGAGAGAGGGAUGGAGGGAUAGAUGGAUGGAGGGAGAGGGACGGAGGGACAGAGGGAGGGAGCCAGAGAGAAAGGAGAGACAGAGUGGGAGAGUAGGUACAAUUCUGCUUUUUGAGUGCCCUAGCUGAAUGUGUGUGUUUGAAGUGGUUGUGCUGAUGGGGUGUGUAUUGCCUCAGUUCCUGGUAAACAGAAAAUGUCACGACGCAGCGUAAACAAGGCCGGUGCUCUCUGUAAAUUCAGGCUGUUCUGGGUUUGGAUGCUUCUCUGCCAUAAAAAGCUAUUAAAGGGUAGCAGCCUUUAAAAGGCCUGACCUUUAAAAGUGUCACGAAAGAGGUGACUCUUGUUAUAUGCUGUGUCAUUCCAACUUCGCCUUUAACUGUCCAGGUGAUAGAUUCUGUGAAAUGUCUAUGUAAGUGCAUUUUCAUGUUCUGUGCUAGUGUGUGUACAAUGUUAUUUGUGUGUUUAUGAUAUUAAUGUGUGUGUGUGUGUGUGUGUUCUAGCAUACCCAGUGUGGUCUGGACCUCAGGCAUGUGACAGUGAUUGAGCUGGGGGGAUUUACCCAGCACAGAUCGGCCGUAUCCGCCACAGACUUAUCCCUCCAGGGCUGGCCCUACAACUCAUGUACACAGACACAGACACACACACAGACACACCAUCAUCAUUCAUAACAAACCUACAACUAAUUUACACAGCAUUCUUCAGACUGACCAUUGUGUGUUCAGCCUUGACCUGAUGGAAGUGUUGAUGUGUGUUGCCUAGGUUACUGCUCCAGAUCUCCCAUAAUAACUUCAACAUGGUGAUGAUAGACAAGCAGGGGAUGGACAGGGAGCGCUACACGUACCCCAUCACCUCAGCCCAGAUCUUCACCACCAUUGACACAUGGCAGGGACGCAUAGAUGAGAUGGUGCUGCAGCAGGAGGCAGACCACACCUGCCAGUAG